AUGUCUUACAAUUGCAUUCCAGAAUGGCAAUAGAUAGUUCAUAAAGAUCCAUUCGAUUACAAAUUAAGAUCACCAGAGGAAAUCGCUUAAGAACACAAAUAUUUCCCACCUGAUUUUGCAAUAGAGAUAUGCUAUAAGAAAUAUCAUGUUGGAGAUACAUCAUACAAUUCAACCGAUACAAGAGAAAGAAUCGCUAAAAUUCGGGUUGAUAUUAACACAAUGAAGCUUACAAUUCCCUAAAAAGAGAGAUUCAUCUAUUUGUUAGGGCCAAGAUAUACUGGAUCAUCAGUUAUCAAAAUUGUUAGCAAACAGUACAAUACCUUCCAUGAAAAUUAUAUGAAGGCUUUUGAACUUUUAAGAGAAAUUUAUUGGGAGGCAAAAAGAGCUCCAGACUAAAAGCCAGAAGAGCACGUUAGUCCUUACAGAAGAUAAAAGCUAGUUUAAAAAUUAUAUGGGAGAACUAAAGAGGAAAGACUUGAAACUAGAAAGGAAUACGCUAGGCUAUUUGAGGAGCGCAAGGUUGAAUACGAAAAUUAUUACCUAGGGUUAGAGCAGAAGAAUUAAGAAAAUGCUGCUAAGCCAGUUGAUGCUGUGAGAUAACAAAAGCUAGCCAGAAGAUACAAAGCAAUAUAGAAACUAAAGAAUAUAGAUAUUGGAUAUAACACUAUCGAGAGACUAGAAAAUAGACUUACUUAACCCGAACCAGAGCCUUACGAAAUAGAAGAGAAGGAUAAGGUAAACCACUAAUGA